UGGACCGCCGCGGUUCUGGCGCGCGCUGCCUGCAGCAAACUGCGAUGCAACAGCAUCAUCUCUUCUCCGGUAGCUGCUGCCGCUGAGUCACCAGAGACACCACAACAUUAUCUGGUAUGAGGAAUAGGGAGGUGUUGGAGGUGUCCCCUGGGCAUAUUUGUCCUCUGGCCAGUCUGUGGUCGGCACUCUGGGAGGCAGAAGAAAGACCGUCUAAAAAUAAACUGACACCCACCACCAGCAAAAAAAUUAAUCCAUGUCAACAAGAAGAUAAAGGACAAAGAAGUACCUCUCUUUUGCCCUGUCCAACUCGUUCUCUGCUCCAUUUCUAUUUUUCUGUUCUUAUUACAUGCUGAGAGGAGGUCAUGUCCCAGUCUGGAAAAGUCCUUCAUCUGUAUGUGGAAGUGAGGUCUGCCCCAGAUCAGAAUGGAAAGAGUGAAGAAAGAAUUGCUCAGGGGAUUUCAGUUCAGGACAGUCCUGAGGAGCUCCUCACUCAGUUAGCGAGCCAGACGACCAGCGGCAAAGUCUCCACAGCUCACCACCUGAUUCAGGACAGCACCCACAGUCAGUCUCCUUCUAAAAAUAUUGCAGGCUUUCAGCUCAAACAAGCCAGCAACUCCCCUAAAGUCAGCAAACGCUGGAGUUCGCCCGUCCAUUCUUCACCAUCUCAUGGAGUGGUCGGUGUCCAUCACACUCCUCCUGAUGGGACGCGAUCCGUGGUGACCUUCAGUUACGUUGAGAAGUCCAAUGUAAAGACUGUGGACAGUCCUCGUAACUCUAUGUGCGAUAGACGAACCAGAGAGGAACGAUCUAUCCCCUCCCACUUUCAGAAACGCUGCAGCGAUCCAGUGUGGUUUGGAAGUCCCAGUUCAUCGUGCAGCUCAAGCCCUAAGCUGACUUUCCAAUCUCCAGGGAGUCACCAGCAGACUUUCUCACCCAGCUUUCGCCAGCCACACUUGGACCCAAUCGGCAGGGCAGCUACGCAGAGGGCUGUGGAGGAGUUUGGCUCCCCCUUACUGAGGAUCAAACUAGCCCAUGCACUUGAGCACAUCUCAUCCUUCCGCUACAACCAACAGCCACGCUGUCAGUCCUGGGCUGGAUCACCAGUUCAGCGUCAGAACAUCGGCAUAAACCCCAAAGACCACAUCGCAGACAAGAACCAGGCUACUGACAGGCUUCCUCGGAGCCCAGGAUCGGAACAGCUAUUUUCAAGGCCAGGGUCCUGUGCUGAGCCUCAGAGCCCUCCUCACUGGAGAGGAGAAAACAGAGCAAUGACAGGGAGUCCUGCCACCAAAAGGCACAUUCAGGAGAGCACUUCACAGCAGGGAGCAAUCCUUAAAUUUGGCAAUAAUGGAGUGGAGGGCUUGAACCAGUUAAGUGACAGCAAAUCUUCCUCUCCAGCUCACAGCCCUGAAGUCGCCUGCAGGCUUGCUGAGGAAGCUUCCAAAGUAUCCUCCAUUUUCACAGAAGCGAGGAGGUCCUCUUUGCACAACGCUUCAGGUGAACAAAUAAGCAGCUCAAACUCUAGAGGGUUUGCUCCAAACGCACAACAGUCUAAGCAAAUGCUUAAGAUGAACAUCCCUUUAAAUGACCAACACACGCCAGCAACUGACAACACAGACUCUCACCAGCCUAAAAACUCUCAUACAAAUCAUGACACACACCAGGAAGACCGCUUUCAGAAAAACCAGUAUCAGAGCUCAGUUUUCUUAUCAGCCGCUCAGAGUUCCCCCGCCUUACCGUCACGUGUCCUCCGCCCUUCUCAUCCUCCCACUGAGAUCAGCUCUCCCAUUAGAGACCCGAGGCUUUUCCAAGCUGAACUCCGAGCUCCGGACACCCCUACCUUGCAUCGCCGUCAGCCACCACAGUACACUGGAGACACCUGGUCAACAAGUCUGGACAGGAGAGGAGAUGUAAACUGUUUUGAGAAAACAGACUGCACAGAAAUUGCUCGUAGGCUCUUUAUCAAUCAACGCGUUGAGGAAGCACCGGUCAGUUGGACUUCCAGGCAACAGUGGUGGAACCGAACCGAGAACAUCCCCAGGCCUGCGUCUGAGUCCAGCACCGUUCAAACUCCCAAUCAACGGUCCGACCAGCGGCCGCUCAGCCCAACGUCCCAGCAGAAACGGGCCGAGCAGAGACGGAGAGAGAUCCUUCUGCUAGGGCCAGUGGCGCUGGACUCUGCAGAGGAGGAUGAAGGCUGUGACGAGGGAGGGCAGGGCGGUGAGGUGGAGGGAUAUGAGGAAGCCCAUCAACCUCAUUUGGAGAGGGGAGGAGACCCUCCGGAGGUGGAGCAGAAUGGAGUGAUGGGAGGAUCCUCAAGGAGCUCUAGUGGGGUGACAGGGAGCUUGGGGGACAGAGACUGUGUGUCCCCUGAGUCCAGUCAGUCCAGUCACCAGAGCAACGAGACGGGGGCAGCCACCUCAGGGAUACAGACGGACAGUGGAAGUGCAGCUCCCGUGCCUUCGCUUCACUGUCAGAGGAUUGCACGCGCUAAGUGGGAGUUUUUAUUCGGGACCCCUGCAGAGGAAGCUGCUGGCAGCAGAGGGGAGAAAAAUUCACUAGAAGUCUCCACAGCUCCUCCCAGUGGUAACUCCAGUGAGUCUCCCACCCCGACUCCCCCGUCCUCGCUGCCUCUACUGUCUGCCAAUCACGAGGUGCAGCACGUGGAGGUAGAACUUGUGACUCCUCCCCCAGCUGUCAUCGGGACGUCCCCCAAAACUGGCAUCAUUCGCCGGACGCUGAAGUACUCAGAAACGGACUUGGAUGCCGUCCCACUUCGCUGUUACCGUGAAACGGACAUCGAUGAGGUGCUGCUUGGAGAGCAGGAUGACGCCGACUCUGCGUUCGGGAGUAACCGCAGCGUACAGGGCACUUCGGGGACGGGCAGUAGUCCUCUAGGGAGGUUAGGUUAUGGAAGGACCAGAGAGGAUGAAGAGGGAAAAAAAGAUGGGAAGGAGAAGGAAGAAGAGGAGGAGAACGAAGAUGAGGAGGAAGAAGAGGAAGAAAUGGUGAGCUGGGCAAGUGUGAGGAUGCAAGGAGACAGCAGGAAGCAGCAGUAUGCAGCUGAGGAGGAGCCGGAGGUGUUUGGACACCUUCCGAUGAGAUCAAUGGAAACCUUUUUUGACAACCACAACCCGGCCCUGAAAUCCCCCAUCUUAGUCGCCGGUCCCCGCUUGGCUGCUGAAGACACCUUCAGCCGACACUUUGAGACCAUCAUGGAGUCCCACCGAGCCAAAGGCACAUCAUACAACAGUCUGGACAGUGAAGAGCUGCUGACCUCCAGCACCCAAACUGUGCUGAGCUUCGACCUGCCCACGCUAACCCCUGCCAUCCAUGGACCGGUAUGCCAGAGCGCCAGGCAGAUCGUCCAGCUCAGCUUUGCCCCGCUGGCACACGACGAGAGGCCCAGUCUCUCUGAUUCUAUCUUUACAGUGACGGGGGACUCAGACGCCACCAGAGCUCCCUCCAGCGAGAGGCUGAGCAGCGGCUCGGAUGAUGCUCUGCCCAAAGCACAAGAGUGUGGACAGCUGGGGAGCAGCUGGUACAUCAACCCCUCUUUCUCUUUACCCAGCAGAGAAAAAGCACGUCUGGCGACGGACUCAGAACUGGACCAAGACCUCAGCGAGCGGCUCUGUCUGGGCAGCAGCGACACCCUCACCAACGGCAGCCAUCGCGCUGAUGUGGCGGCCGCCAAACGCUUGGCCAAACGUCUCUUCAACUUGGAAGGCUUCAGGAAGUCUGAUGUGUCGCGUCACCUCAGCAAGAAUAAUGACUUCAGUCGCAUGGUUGCAGAGGAAUAUCUUAGUUUCUUCAACUUCACCGGCCUCGCUCUUGACCAGGCACUGCGGACUUUCCUUCGGCAGUUUGCCCUGAUGGGGGAGACUCAGGAGAGGGAGAGGGUGCUGUCACACUUUUCAAGGCGUUACUUGGACUGCAACCCAAAAGUCAUACCAUCAGAGGAUGCAGUCCACACACUUACCUGUGCCCUAAUGCUGCUGAACACUGAUCUGCAUGGUCAGAACAUUGGCAAGAGGAUGUCAUGUACACAGUUCAUUGGCAACCUGGAAGGACUGAACGAUGGCCAAGAUUUUCCCAAAGAUCAGCUUAAAGCUCUCUACAACUCAAUUAAGAAUCAGAAGCUGCAGUGGACACUGAAACAUGAUGAGGAAGAGCUGCGGAAGUCGUUUUCGGAGCUCGGGGACAGCCUGUGCGACUCUGACACCUCCAGGUCGAUGAAGAGGGAGGGCAGCAGCGGGAAGCCCCUGUCAGACGGGACACAGCCGUCCGGAACGCUGCUCUACAAGAACGGAUUCCUGGUCCGCAAAGUUCACGCAGAUUCCGACGGAAAGAGAACACCGAGAGGAAAGAGAGGAUGGAAAACCUUCUAUGCCAUCCUAAAAGGGCUAAUUCUCUAUCUGCAAAAAGGGGAGUACCGGCCUGAUAAGCAGCUCUCUGACGAGGACCUGAAGAACGCAGUGUCCAUCCACCACUCGCUGGCAAUGAAGGCUUCAGACUACAGCAAGAGACCCAACGUCUUCUACCUGCGGACCGCUGACUGGAGGGUUUAUCUCUUCCAGGCGCCGAAUGCUGAGCAGAUGCAGUCUUGGAUCACUCGCAUCAACACAGUGGCUGCAUUGUUCUCAGCUCCUCCCUUUCCGGCAGCCAUCGGCUCUCAGAAGAAGUUCAGCCGGCCGCUGUUGCCGGGGACGAUGUCGAAGCUGCCUGAGGAGGAGCAGGUCAGAUCCCAUGAAACUCGAUUCAGAACUAUCUCCACUGAGCUGGCUGAGCUGAAAUCUUAUCCUCCUGACCGUAAAGUCAAAGGCCGCGAGUUGGAAGAGUACCGCCAACGUGACGAGUAUCUGGACUUUGAAAAAACGCGAUACGGGACCUACAUCAUGCUGCUGCGAGCUAAGAUCCGAAGUGGGGAGGACGACCUGUCUCUGUUUGAGUCACUGCUCCUGGAGGACAACAGCCUGCAGAGGGCUCACUCCAGCCCCACGCUGCAGGACAGUAGCCAAGCCAGCAGCAUCAGGGAUGAAGGGAACAGCAGCAGAGCCAGCGCAUGCAGCAGCAGCAAGCCUCGUCAGGAAGGCCAGAGACACAGCUACCGCCAGGCCGUCAAGAAGUGAGACGGGGCGGGGGGGGCGCCGGGAGCGGCACGACGUUGCACUGCCAGCGGCAAGCUGUCUCCCUGCACAGGUUUUUAUUUGAGAUCCAGGAGGGUUUGGAGCUCUGCUUGAAGGGGGAGCAGGAGUGAGGGGUCUACCCCACGCCCUCCCCUGAAUCACGACGCCCCACCCGGCACCCCGAUCUUCUCAUCUAACAGAUGAGGUUCAGAUCCUGUGACUGGCUCAGUGGCUGGGAAACACCAGCGAGGAUAGGGGUGCAGGAGGUGGGAGGAACAGCUGGGAGGUCAGCGAUCUGCAGAUAGGAGGUGUUUUUAAGAACUCCAGGUGCAGCAGCAGACUGUGCAGAGAUAAAAAGGCUGCUCACGGAUCAAACAGGGCACCACACAGGGACCUGCAUCCAGCAUCCUUUCCUUUUUCUCCCCUUUCAUUCUGUCAGGACACCUCUCUAGCCACGUUCUCCGACCUUUUUUUCUCAGUCUUUUUCUCUGUUUGGGACCAAACAUGUUUACACACUUUGAAUUGUCAUCACAUUAUAGAUGACUCAUGAUUUGGUUUUAGUUGAAUUGCCGCUCUGAUGCAAAGUGCUGUAAUAGACUUAAAAAAACAUCACCAGGCGUAAUGGAGCCACUACAUUCCAGCUCCUUUUUUUGCCACAUCUCCAUGAUGUGUUUGCAUUCCACGCAGGAGCCGGAAACGACAGAUUUUAGCUACAUUUGCCUACACCGUACGACAUGAUGAGAUGACGCGGCUCCUCCCUUCCUCUGGCCACACAUGGCUGGGUAGAGUCGACAGCAUCAGUAGAAGUUCACAAUACUCCUAAAAGACAUCUACUUGAGCAUAUCUUUCCUGGUUGCUUUUGCUUCUGUCCUGUGACGUGCUUCAGUUCUCUUUCUUGGCCGAAUGUUUGUUUUUUGCAGCGAUCCGCAUGCCUGCAUCCAGCACAGCUUUGUUUAGGGCUUUUAAUACUUUGAGGGCAAAAACUGAGAGCGUAAGCUGCUCUCUGGGUUCUGUUGAGUCAUCCUCGUCAUGCCGGUGCCAUUUCCAGCACAUGUAACCUUUGUCUGUACUUAAACCACUCAUUUAAAAACCCCUGUUUUAGACACUCACCAGGCAGACCCUGAAUGUUUUUGUUUUUCAAUAUUUUUACGGUGGAUUUCCGUCAUUUGUUGAUGUUGAACCUGCUCCCUCUGUGUAUGUCAAGUAUAUGAUCAAAUAUGAUAUUUAAGAUAUAAAAGGAAAUGUGUUAUCCAUACUCUGUAAACAUCCAGAACAUGUUGUACUGUAUAUAAUGCACCACCUGCUUAUAUUGUAGGAUAUAUGACAGUAUAUUUGCAAUAUAUUCAGCACACCGAUGUGAUGAUGCAUUAGGAACACUCAGAUUACUCUUGUUAGUCCCAAAAGCGCUACAUGAUAAUCACGUGUAUUGAUUUAUUUUUUAUGGCUUACUAUAUGAAUAUUAGUAAAAAAAAAAAAACUAUGUACCUAUCAAAGAUUAGUAAGGGUGUUUAUGAUCAGGUUAAAAACAAAAUUGUUCUAAGCCAAAACUUAUAGCAUGAUUAUAAUUGGAUCAGUGUUGUUAGAGAUGCAUGAAAAUGUGAGGAAUGCAAACCGAAAAGAAAAGUAGAAAAGGGAUGAAUAUAAGACAGAGAAACAUCUAGUUUAGAAGUGUGUGUGUGUGUGGGUGUGUGUUUGAGCAGACUGGUCUUGAUAUCGAACCGUGUCGUAGUUGGUAGCCAUAAACACCUCAUAGCAUCAUCGAUGCAUAGCCAUUUUCUACUCAGGCUUUAAAAACGACACCUUGAACAGCUGCAGCGCCAGUGUCCAACCAGCAGGGGGAGCUGUCAGCAUUUGGUUUGGUUCCUCUAUUUCAGCCAUAAUCACACCUGCUGUAUCUGCAGUGAAUAUGCACAGCAUCUCCCCUCACACCCUGACCAAGGGGAUGGGUAUUGCAGGGCUACAUGAGACAGGACCUGUUUGUGUUAACCAUGGAUGUAAAAGUCUGUUUGUCAGGUGGAGUGUGUGUGUGUACAUGUGUGGGUGUGUGUGUGUGCAUGUGUGAGUGGGUGGGUGUGAACAUUGUCGACGCUGAGACUGAGCUGGAUUUUCAAAGCCUUGAAAAUUGAAUUUCUGUUUAUUUCAUUCAGCAUCUGCUCCUGUUGGUUUUACAGUUUCUAAAACAGAUGAUUUAAUGUUCAGGCUUGAUAUUCAGUCUCUCAGUCAUGAUUAUGCUGCAGCAUAGAAACUUUAACUGCUGUAAUUUGAGUAGUUUUUAAGCAUUUUCCAGGAUUUGUGUUUUGUUUUUUGUUUUUUACUUUGUCUUCUGGUAUAAAUCUGAGUUUCUUUUGUUUUUUUAGACGCGAAGAACUUUAUGAUUGCUAUUUCUCACAUACUGCCUGAUGUUUUGUAAACCAAACCAUUAAUCAGAGUGGAAAAUGGAUUGAAAAAAAAUUUAAAAAGGAUCAGGAUUGAUGAAUACUUGUAGCCCUGAAAGAUCAAAUUUUUAUCUGCACGUCUCAUCUUUAUUUUCUGUCGCUCAGUCUGGUGUUUUAAAAAGGUUUUUGUGUAUAUUGUGGGCAUAACUGACAUCUUCUAGCUUUUAACUGAUAUGUAAUUUGACUUUACAGUUGUGUGUUUACUAAUAUUGUUUGACUCUGCUGUUUGUAAUGUGGCCAAAUUCAUCGACACAUAUUCAGAAAGAUUAGAUGCCAGUUUAGCAAAACUACAGAAGCCUUUUUCAGGAUUUGUCCUGGAAAUAUAAAAUUAUUAUUAUUCCAUACUCAGAUGCCGUCAUCUAUGUUACUAUUUUUACAUUUUAGAUGUUUUAAUAUGGAGCUGUUAUGAUGUCUGACUUUCACUACAUUGAUGCCAAGCAUAUUUAUAUUAUCAGAAAACUUGAAAGACUUUCUGCUUUUUGCCAAUUCAAUUGAAAAUAUGUGCAAAGGAACUUUAAAAUCCCUUCAAAAACAGAGUGUAUUCAAUUUUAGUUGGAUUUUAUCUGCUGAGAUUGUAUCAUGACAUCAUAUUUAUAUGGCCAACAUGAUAUUAUCUAUAUCGAUUUGUUUUAUAACAAGCUCCCCCAGCCUUUGCCCUCUCUGGGGUCAAUGAUACCCCAGAAUGUCAGUAACUUAAAUAUAUAGAAAUUUAAUAGACACUCUAAUUUAGUUUUUGUCAACUGCUGCCUCUGACAUCAGUAAUGAUUGUUCAAGCUUAAAUACACACAUCAGGGUUGAUGCUUUGAGUCCUGUUCCUAUUUUUUAAAAACUCUACUCAAAAAUUGUACAUGCAUAAUGAUAUAAGUUCUGCAACCAGAUUUGUUAAGAUUCAUUAACACCAGAAUACUGUACACUGGUGAUAAAAAAUGAAGAUAAAACACAGCAAAAAUGAAAUAAUACAGGCUUGACUAAAAAACAAAUACUUUCAGGAUGGGAAUUAUGGGAAUAUCCCUUUAAAAUGAUGCAGCUGUAGCUCUAUUAAUUCAUAUUACAAAAUGUGAACAUUAUUUCUGCAACUGAUAAAAUGAAGCAGAACAAAAUUAGAGAGGUUUAAGUACAGACAGUUGCAGCAAGAACACCAUUUGUUCCCCAACUGGGUGACCUCGGGUUUAAAGUUUAUAGGAAAUUUCUCUUCUCAAGCAAAACUUCUCUCUUGUGAAGAUUUGCUGCUUUUUAUUGUUACUCAAAAUAACUCUGAAUGGACUUUGGAGUCAACAUUUCACAUCAAUAUUUAUGUAUUUUACAUCUAAUUUAACUAUAUGCUCUAAAAACAACACAAAAUGUUGCAUAUUUUUAUCUUCUGACCACAAGAUACUUGUAAUUUAGGUAAUCCAACCCACAAAAUUUAAAGAUGUCCCUUAAGAUUUAGGGGAAGCAUCAGUGUUGUGGCAUCAUCAGUGUGAAUGAACCUUAGCCUAAGCAGAUCACAAAUCAGCCCUUGUCACAUUCUGAGACCAGAUGUGGGCCUAAACUAAACCCAAAGGAAGCCAGAUGUCAACAGAGCUCCUCAUAUUUGAUGCCUGAACAUCAGCUGUGUUUUAAUCAAACACCAACUGAUACAAUCAGCCGUGAAACUGAUCAGAAAUCUGAUCAUAAAGUUAGUUUUGGGGAUAUUUAGAAUUGCACUAAAGAUCCAAAAAGUGAUGAACAAUCAUAUAAUCAGACCUUUGCCCCCCCUCCUCCCUCCAUGUGCCGUCACUGCUCACAGCUGCUUGAUCUCUGUGGUGGUAGUUCACAUGGAAAUGGCUGGUUCCCUUGGUAACGGCUCUGUGAUGCUCAAGUGAAAGUCAGCCUGCUGAGGUGCGUUCACACACGUACGAUACCUCUCUGUUAAAGCAGCGCAUGAAUGCAGCUGCAGCAAGCGUGCACUCGUACUGUCUCCAUCUCUCAUUAGCCUCAUUUCUGAAUGUAAAUAAAGCAUGUGAUAUUAGUCUGCUUUCAUUUAUAUUAUGGUUAAAGUAUUAAAUGAAAGGUUAAUAUACAAGGUAGGUCUACGUGUUUUCCUGUCUUUGAGCUCAUGGUCACUUUUUUUGUUAUUUUUUCUAUCAAUGUGAAUGAAGGAAAUGGCUAUAUUUAAUGCUGUUAUAUGCUGUUGUGUUUUAGAGAAUCGAGCCAGCUCAUACAAAUCUUUUUACAUGUCUGGUCUGAUCUGUCUGAGUUUUUUUUAGACUGGUGCAGGUUAAGGCAAUGUUCAUUUUAUGCUAUAUAUCCAGUGAGCUACAUGUGUCACUGCCUUGUUAAAACUCACCAAGGAAAUGUUGUUUGUGAGCUUCUCAUUUGGGAGGCAUAGAGGAUAAAAAUUAAAGUGUUUUGAAAGCUUUA